GCGGGGGCCAACGGCACGUUGCUGGCCAAUCCAGAAAUGCGAUCCAUAUUAAUGCUGUUGUUGGUUGCCGCGGUGUGAAUGCGGUCCAGCCAACGACCUAUGAGCUGUCGGACUGGAGACCCCCCGUUGUGGAAGGUAGGCAAGCGUGCCGUGCUUUGCGCAUCGUAGCGAGAGCUCGGCCCCUCGGGACCUACUUUUUCUUUUUUUCUUUUUUUUCAUUUUCUACUCUUUGCCGUUGAUCCCAAUACCGCACACUUUUCUGACAUCCUUCAAUGUUGCCGCUGUGUCAUCCCGCCUGAUCUCUCGCCGCGUCUAGUCUGGAGUAGAAGCCCCGAGGCCUUCACCAGAAACCAGUCACUUGCACCGCCUUUUAACGAUGCUCGACUCGUUCUUCCUGCGCUCCGGUUCGGAGGGGCUGGCCAAGGCGAUCCAUAUACUCUCUGGGGCAGUAACGACAAUCUUCCUGCUCACUCGACUCUGGGCGAGGACAAGAUUGUACAAGGGCCUCUGGUGGGAUGACUAUAUAUUGAUCGCCUCCUGGGCCCUGCUGCUGUGCGGCAACGGUUUGGCAGCCGCCGCCCCCUCGUAUGGCUUCAGGAUCAUUGAAGGCACCUCGCACGGGUGGAUUUUGGCCUUUUCGUCAAUCAGCUUCUUCUACAUUGCUAUGGCCCUGAGCAAGACUGCUUUUGCAGUGACGCUGAUCCGGCUCUCGGGUGGCAGGACACGAGUAGUCCUCUGGGUUGUCGUCUUGUUCGUCUGUGCCGUGAAUAUUGCAGCCGCGGUGGUUACGUGGCUGGAUCUCUGUGACGCACGUGCGGACGUCAAGGGGAUAUCCAGCUUUUGCGUUCCUAUGCAGACAGCCGUUUGGAUACACGUGGCUAACGCUGCUGUCACAAUACUUGCUGAUGCUUAUCUGGCUUACCUACCUUGGAGAGUUCUGGCCAAGAUUUACAUCCCAAGCAAGGAGAAAUGGGGCGUGGGCAUCACCAUGAGCCUGGUGGGUCUAGCAGGCAUAGUCUGUCUGGUCAGGACCGUCCUGGCCAGCCAUAGCCCGAAAGCCACCGAAGAGUUGGGGACACCGGACUGGACUUACGGUUGGGUGGCUCUCGUGGGUCUUUUCCAGGCAGAAGUUGCAAUUUAUAUCAUUGCACAGGCGAUCCCCCUGCUCCGGGUAUUCUACCUUGGGCGAACGAAGGGGUCAAGCAGGGCCUCUGGGUCCGUACAGGAGGCCCUGCCGCCCUCGGCCUCGUUUGUGGGCAAGAAGAUGACGACACGGGUGACUGGUGGAGAGACGAUUCAUGAAACGGACGAGAGUAUCGAGCUGGUGCAACUACCGAGCGGCAAGAUUGUCCAAGCCAAUUCGGAGGAGGGCAGGGCAUUCACAGAGUCCCAGAGAACUGAAGAAACCACUAUCCCCAGAACACAAAUGCAGCAGAGCACAGGCUUCAAUAUGGACGACGAGGUACAUCGGCUGUGGGCAGAUAUGGGGUUGUCAAGGAGAGCCUGGUCGCCCCCAGCUGCAGCCCGAGGCGUGCAACAUCUUGGGUAAUGAAGACAAUGGAAUAUGCGGGGGGCCUCUAUGUUGUGCCGAUGCAGAUCGUGUGGGGAGCACUCGAGGGGAUCAAAGUCUGUCAAGGAGCUGGUAGCCUUGGGUAGGACUGAGACGGGCGAAGGGAUCAGACAAGACUCGGCCGAGUUGCUCGAGAUCAGGUUGUAUACUGAUUGGAAACAUCAGGAAUUAUUAAUGUGUAGAAAUUUGAGCUUUGAGCACAGA